AUGUCUGCAGGAAAUAUAAAGAAAUCACGUCGUACUGUCUUUGUUUCGGAAUCUAAUCGACGCAUUGGACUGGCUACUCCAGGCAGCAUUGAGCGACUGAAAUAUCUUGAAGCCUUAGUGAACGAACUGUGCGUAACGAAGUCAAUUAACUGCAAACAGCAGGUACAAUUUGGCCUUGUUAAUGACUUUCAGAUCGUUGCUAACCUUGGCAAUUUCGCUCACGACCCCCGAAAUCAAAAAGAGGUGUCACAGUCUACUCGCUUGGUAUCCCUCGCAGUUGCGGGCUUGUGCAAUUUAGCCACAAGUUCCCAUAAACUUUGUGCAACUCUCUGCCACCAACACAGCGUUAUUUCACCCCUAUUCGACUGUCUGGCAUCUUCCGUAGUCGACGCCGAGACUGUUGUCAAUUGCCUGGUCAUAUUUGUGCAUCUCUGCGCCCGUCAUACCCACUCUUUGGAGGCGUCCUGCCGGUUUUACGAACCACCCGAUCUCCCGUCCUCUUUCUACUCCAGCAUCCGCUCCCACUUCCACGCAGUUGUCGAAAAGUCGCAGGCUCUUGUCAAUCCAACCUCAGACAUGGCAUUCCCACGCUCUGGCCUACUGCUACGCGCUCGUCUUAUCCCCUCAAGCUACACUCCCAAACGACUUUGUUAUGCGUCUAAAAAGUGCACACAGGAUUUUCAACAUCCACCCAGCAUCGCCGCGACUACCUCUUGCAAUUCACACCAGUUGAAGUCGGUUCUUGUUGUCCCCAUUAACAACUCCUUCAUUCAACGAACACCCGCCUUUGACACAUACCAACCAGCCAAGAUUGCGGCCCCACCCAUGGCAGGUGUUGGCAUCUUGCCAAAACCGCUCGCCAGAGGGAAGUCGCUCGCACGCCUCGUGGGUGUCUGCGCUGCCCUCUCCAAAGCACGCCUCACCGGCCUGGUUGUGUCGACGGCCCUGGCCGGCUGCGCCCUCGCCGCGCCCACUCCCUUCGCCUGCGAGGCCUUCCUCUCCCACCCGGCUGCCUCUCUUCUUGCUCUCGGUGUCGGCACUGCCCUCACCUCGGCUGCCGCCAACGCCAUCAAUCAGAUCAUGGAAGUGCCUUUCGACAGUAUGAUGAAGCGCACACAGACGCGACCGCUUGUCCGAAAGUCCAUUAGUCCGGUUGGCGCGUGCGUUUUCGCCAGCACCUCCGCAGUGGUGGGUCUGGGGCUGCUCCACGCCGCGACGAACCCCCUGGUGGCGAGUCUGGCCGCCGGCAACCUCCUCCUCUACACCUGCGUCUACACGCCGCUCAAACGCGUCUCCCAGGUGAACACGUGGGUGGGCUCGGUGGUCGGAGCGAUACCCCCCCUCAUGGGCUGGGCAGCCGCCACCGGCUCCCUCGAGUGGGGUAAAUUGCCCUUUGGCGCACUGCCUCCUCAUACUAGUUCCUUGAUAUUGGCCUCCCUGCUCUACGCCUGGCAGUUCCCACACUUCAUGGCCCUGUCGUGGCUGUUGCGAGAGGACUACGCGCGCGCCGGCUACGUGAUGACGGCGAACGUGAAUCCUGGCAGGGCGAAGCGCACCGCCCUGCGCCACUCCGUGGGCAGCGCGGUGGUGUGCCUCGCGGGCGCCGGCUGCAGCGCCGUCAGCCUCGGGCCCUGGGCGGGCUGGUCCCUCGGUCUGGGCUCGUUACCGUUCAACGCCGCGCUCAUCUACUACGCCCUGGAGUUCUACCGCGCGCCGUCCGGUGUCAAGUCGGUGACCGCGGCGCGACGCCUCUUCCGCGCCUCCCUCAUCCACCUCCCCGCCGUGAUGGCCGCCAUGCUCAUCUGCAGCCACUGGAGCGCUGCUCCGCUCAUGUGA